AUCACACAGAGCUUGUUCAGUGAGUGCAGCAGACUUGUGGCUGAUCUGUGCACAGAGUUUGUGCUGAGAAGUAUCACUGCAGACCCCGCCCCCUCAACAGACCCCGCCCCCUCUGCAGACCCCAUCCUCAUCACAGACCCUGCCCAGUCUGCAGGCCCCGCCUCCUCUGCAGACCCUUUGCUGAAGAGAAUGAAAUCCACUGUGGCCAAUCAGAUGCAGAGAGAGGAGAGACACGCCCACACACACCUGCGCACCCUUCGAGAGCAGCUGCAGCACCACAGACAGGUGUGGCAGGAGGGCGGGGCUCUGAGUCUCUGGCGCCUCCUUCAGUUUGGAGAUCAGCAGCGGCGGCUCUUCAGCACAGCGGCGGCACAGCACAGCGUCGCUCUGCUGGAGGAUCAGCAGCAUCUGUUGAUUCUGGAGUUGCAGAGAGUUUUAUCAGUGCGAUGCUUUUACCUGCGCUCACUGAGAGAGAUGAAGCUCACCGCACAGUCAGAUACACAGGACUCCAGUGUUACUGUAGAAACGGUUCGGUCUGAAGAGGCUGUGAUUGGUCAGAACCCUCUUGACGAGCAGCUGUCAGAGCUGGAGGCGGCGGCAGAUGUGCUGCGGGGAAACGCCCAUUUCCUGCUAGGCCACGCCCUCUGCUGUACGGUGAGAGGAGAGAGCGGCGGCGUGUGGAGAGACAGACGAGCACAGGAGCGGCUGCUGGACGCAGUGUGUGCGAGUGUGUAUGUGAGCCGGGACUCUGUGGCGUCUCUCAUCCGCCAGUAUUACUCUGAGCUUUAUUAA